AUGGCAAUCGACUAUAGCAGCUUCAUUGAACUUGGUGAUCUUACAGACAAGAAUAUUGGUCAAUUAAAGUUACUAAAUACAUCUGUAUUACCAGUAUCAUAUGACGAUAAAUUCUAUCAAAAGAUUCUUGCUGCACCAUUCAUCACUAAACUUGCAUUUUACAAUGAUGUACUUGUAGGAGCUGUUUCAUGCAGAGUAGAUCCACCAGUCAAUGCUGGUGAACCACAAACCCUUUAUAUAAUGACAUUUUGCGUGUUGGCAGCCUACAGAAAGCUUGGUAUUGGAAAGAAACUCUUGGAGUUUGUCGAAACAACCUGUGCCAAGAACAACUAUUGCAAGGUAACCCUUCACGUACAAGUCAACAGCGAUGCCAUCGAUUUCUACAAGAAAUAUGAUUUCACCAUUGAAUCUACCAUUCAAAACUAUUACCGUAAUAUUGAACCUACCGAUUGCUACUUGAUGGCAAAGCUCAUACCAGUAGAUCCAUCUGCUGUCACCACCACUACCACCGCCACCAAUCCUGCCGCCAACAACAACAACAAGAAUAAAAAGUAA